AUGAUCACUUGGAAUGAAAGAGGUUAUAAAGGCUUUUAUAAUGCUGGCUUGAAUUGGAGAUAUUAAAAAACUGAUUAUAUAAUUUAACAAUCUUCAAAUGGGGAUUUAUAUUAUAUUUAUGAUGGAGCAAUUUAAAAAAUGUAAUGUAGCAAAUCUACCUGUUAAAUAGUUUGCCUACAUCCACAUAAAUUAAAUAAUCAGAUAUCAUUAGAAAUUUAGAUGAAAUAUAAUAUUUAUCAUGGGAAGGAGUCUUGCUUAAUAAUAAUAAAAUUGGAAAGUGGAGUGCUUUUUGGAAAUACGAAAACCUUAAUAUUGGUGGAUAUUAUGAUGAAAAAGGAAUCAAAUAAGGUCUUUGGAAAGAAUUGUUUAAGAAUUAUUGGGAGUAAGAAUGUUAAAAUAUAUUAGUCAAUCUUCAAUAACUUUGAAAGGAGAAUAUAGAGAUGAAAAAGCUAGAGGAAGAUGGAACAUAUAUUUUAAAGAUACUACUUUGUAUUUUAUAAUUAUAUUUAAUAGUGGAGGUGGAAAUUAUGAUGAAAAUGGAUUGAUGUAAGGAUUAUGGGUUGAAAUAGACGACUUUUUUUUAAAGUAAUGAUUAUUAUAAUUAAAGUAAAUGUAGAGUCUAUUAUGUUGGCAAUUAUAAAUAAGGAAAAAAAUCGGGUCUCUGGGAUACCAAAUAUUAAGAAAAAAUUGUGUAAUUAAUUUAAAUUAUAAAUUUUAGAGGAGGAGGGAUUUACAAUGAAAAUGGAUAGAAAAAUGGAUUUUGGAUUGAACUACAUGAAAAUUAUUUCAAGUGUCAUUUAGAUUUAUCAUAGUUAAUGCUAUGUUCAUUAUUCUGGAAAAUAUUUGAAGGGAAAAAAGCACGGAUAAUGGUAAAUAAAGUAUAAGAAAAACACCUCAACAUUUGAAUAAUUAAUGUAAUCCAAUUUCUUAUCAUAAGUGGAGGAGGAAUUUUUGACUUUGAUGGAAAAAAAUAAGGAUAAUGGGUGGAAUUAGAUGAAAAUUUUUCCUAGUAAAUUUUUAAUAUAUAAUAAUAGAUAAUUUGAUAUAACACAUUCAGGGAAUUAUUUCGAUGGAAAAAAAAAAGGAACUUGGAGAUGUAUGAUGAGAAUAGACACUGAGAUUACUUAAAUGUAUUUGAAUGUUUAAUUUAGUGGUUUUGGUGUUUACAAUAAAAAUGGAUUGAAAAAUGGAAAAUGGAUGGAGUUACAUGAAAAUUCGAUAUUGUACAUACUAUUAAAACUUAUCAUAAAGCAGAGACCCUAUUACUUGUAUCGGAGAAUAUAGAAAUGGAGUUAGGAUAGGAAAAUGGAGAACAUUUUUUUGCAAUUAAUUGACGUAUCAGAUGAUAGAUUAAUAAGUGGGUUAGGAAUUUAUGAUUUUAAUGGAAGAAAAACAGGUUAAUGGAGGAUUCUAAGGAAAAAUUUUAAUAAGUAUUUUAAGUAGAAAAUAUUUUAGAUAUAAUUAAUUUAUUGAAUUAGGUAGUUUUGAGAAUGACUAGAAAUUUGGAUUUUGGUAAACUCUAUUUAACGUAGGGUUAGUUAUUAUGUAAAUUGUUAAAAUAAACAAUUUUUUAGGGGAAAAGGAUUUUAUAAUUCAUAUGGCUUAAAAGAAGGCCAUUGGAUAGAUUUGGAUGAGAAUAAUUAUAUGGACUAAUUUGUUGCUUAUGAAGGAGAUUAUAUAAAUGGAAGGAAAUUUGGAAGAUGGGAUACAAUUUUUAGAAUAAAGUGUGAUGAUUCAUUUACAAUCAUGUAUCAUAGAUAGUUAAUAUUAAGUGGUGGGGGAAAUUAUGAUGAUAAAGAGAUAAAAAAUGGCAAAUGGAUUGAUUUGAUUGAGAGCUUUUCAUAGUAAUAGUGUUAAAGUUUAAAAGAAACCGGUAUG